GCAAUGUACUGCUGGAAGUGGCGACAAUAAAGUAAGGUAGCCCCAGAGGAGGUAUCUUAUGGUUUUAGCUAAAAUAUGUUACAUCCACAUACUUUUAUUUGGCGAAGUAAGAUAGUAUAGCGUUACAAAAAAAGGAGGAACCAAACAAGAAAAGUACAUAAAAGGCAUCAUGGACCAGUCAUCAUACCGUUUGCUGCAGAUUCUGUCCUUGGCAUGUCUGGCCUGUAGACUCACUUCUAGUUCUUUCAAAAACUACGGAACAAUAAUCCCACAAUCUCCAACAGUGGAAAUUGGGAAGGAAUUCACCGCUACCUGUGUAGUCUAUGAAGCUGCUAAAGCCACAGUGGAUGACAUCUACUGGACGAGUGGUGGCGUCAUAGUGCCCAAAGAGCAGUACACCAAGAUAAACGACUCAGCUGUUAACGUAACCAUUCCUAUCACCAGGGAAACUGGAAAAUGGUUACUUUGUAAAAAGAAUGAGUCUCCCUCAUCCUUAAACAAAAGUAAAACAAUCCACGGGAUUGAAUUGACCAAAGGGUAUCCUCCUGAGAAGCCUGAGAAUUUGUCCUGCAUGGCUGUCCAGUCCGACCAACAGAUUUCCUCCAAUGUGACGUGCACAUGGCAGCCUGGGAAAAUGGACGAGAAGAUAAGCACAACAUUCACCUUGUUUGGAAGUGUAAUUGCCAUAAACCAGAACUACAGCACAAAAGCUCAGAGAAGCAGUGGAUGCAUCUACUUUGGCAACUUUCCAAACUAUAUGGAACUGGAUAUAUGGGUAGACGUGGAAAACGUUUUGGGGAAGGUUCGAUCGGACGUUCUGUUCAUAAUUGAUCCUAAUGAAAUGGUGAAAACGAAUCCCCCAUCAGACGUCAAUAUUAUUUCAGAGAAUAACUUUUCCAGGACCCUCUUAGUGAGCUGGAAGCACCCUAUCCAUGAAACUGUUGUCAAACUGAAAUACAACCUCAGGUUCUGCACGGUGGGCUCUGGAGACUGGACUGAGGUACCCCCAAAUGACACUGAAAGUAGCAAGGAGUCUUUCCGUCUCCAAUACCUUAAGCCAGACAUGGAGCACGUAGUGCAGGUCCGCUGUAUGCAUCACACGGGCUACGGCUACUGGAGUGACUGGAGCGCGAACUCUACCGCCAGGACCCCAGAGGACAAGCCUACAAGUAAACCAGACUUAUGGAGAGUGGUCAUUCCCAGUCAAGGCAAAAGUGAGCGGCGAGUGGAAGUGAUAUGUAAGGAUCCAGUGGAGUCCAAUGGAAGGAUACGAGGCUACAACAUCAAGAUCCAAGAUGGAGCCUGGGCGGUUGUGCCGGUCAAUGGCUCUGAGCUGAACUCCAGGUCGCAGGAGAGGAAAAUUAUCCCCCUUUACCAGAUUCCACUGUCUGACAAGAGAAGAGGCUCCAUUGAAUUGAAGGCCUGGAAUUCUGUUGGCGAGUCUCCUCGAGCUUCUUUGGGCAUUCCUAAAUUGGCCCACGAGCCCCCUCCAGUGGCAUCGCUCAGUUGUUUUAACCAGGACAGGAGGCUGUGGGUGGAGUGGCAGCCGCCCAAUGUGGAGGCCACAGGGGUGACUGAGUAUGUCCUGGAGUGGGUUUCGGUCAGUAACGGCGCGAUUGACUGGCAGAGAGAACCUAGACACAACAGGAAGGCACCCAUUAAAGGUACCCUUCAGAAAUUUAAGCUCUACAAUAUAUCUGUGUAUCCCAUGUAUUCUGGGUGGACUGGGAAACCAUUAACCACUGCAUGCUUUCUGGAACAAGGAGCUCCACUGGAGGGUCCCUCUGUGAAAGUGAGGAGAACAGGGAAGAGCAACGCUGAGGUGGAAUGGAUGGAGAUUCCGCUGGACAAACGGCGAGGCUUCAUCACAAACUACACAAUAUUCUACAUCACGGGAGGCAAGGAACACUCAAUAGUUGUCUCCCCGGACACCUACUCUUACACAGUGGAGGGCCUGGCCAGCAACAGUAAGCAGGUGGUGCGGAUCAUGGCCUCUACAGUACGAGGCUCGACAAAUGGCUCGGAUCUGUCGUUCAACACUCUGAUGUAUGCUCCUGGGCAGAUGGAAGCCACCGUGGUGUCUGUGUGCAUCGGCGUCCUGUUUGUCAUAGUGCUAACUGUGUCCCUCUGCAUGUACAAAAUUGACUUGAUAAAAAAGAUCUGGCCACCGGUUCCAGAUCCCUCCAACAGUACUAUCGCUAACUGGUCUCCUGAUUUCCCCACCAAAGCUGUCAGUCCCAAGGAGAGCGUGCUGGGCGACGUGAGUGUGGUGGAGGUGGACGUAUUCGACAGGAAGUCGCUGUGCGAAGAGGAUAAGGCGGGCCUGCCGCUCAAGAAGGACAAGUACCUGUCGGAGGAGCACAGCAGCGGCAUUGGCGGCUCUUCUUGCAUGUCGACGCCACGCCAGAGCGUCUCGGACAGCGAGGAAGGCGGUGACUCAGGCCAGACCACAACCAGCACCGUCCAGUACUCGUCGGUGGUGGCCUCCAACGGCUACAAGGGCCAGUCCCCCUGCACUCUGCCCCAGUCCCCCUGCACUCUGCUCCAGACCCCCCAGUGCGGCUCCUCACAGUCCCAGACGCCCAGCUUCGCCCGCUCUGAGUCCACCCAACCCCUGCUGGACAGCGAAGAGAACCAGGAGGGCAGUGGGCAGUCCCACCAGCGAAACCCCUACUUCAGCCGUUCACCUGUGGCUAGCGAAAGCAGAGACCCGGGGGACAGGAACCAGCUGGAGAUGGAGGAGCAGGGGUUGGCUUCGCUCCGGUUCUGCCCUCUGGGGGAGGGGUCACAACAGACCACGCCCACAGAUGAAGGACAGUCCCCUGACGGACAGCCAGGCCCUGUUCCUAGCUAUAUGCCUCAGCUGAGGGGCCACAGGCAACCGUGUUAGGAGAGGAGAACAAAUGGUGACUUUAGUUCGAAGUCGUCUCACUUCAUUCAUUUAUCCCUCCUUUGUGCCUUGGUUCAUUUCAGACAUUCAUUUAUCCCUCCUUUGUGCCUUGGUUCAUUUCAGACAUUCAUUUAUUCCUCCUUUGUGCCUUGGUUCAUUUCAGACAUUCAUUUAUCCCUCCUUUGUGCCUUGGUUCAUUUCAGACAUUCAUUUAUCCCUCCUUUGUGCCUUGGUUCAUUUCAGACAUUCCGUUCAAGAUUUCAAAUGAUGAAUUACGUCGGCAUAUUAUUUUUGCACCCAUCAUGAACUUCCUACAGACAUCCUAACUUGCCUCAUUAAAUAUCUUUAAGUGGAUGAC